GAGACAGGUUCCUGUGAGUUUUCCCAUCAUGCUCUGCGAAUGGGCCACGUCCGCGUCUCUGACCUCACACCAGUCCAACCAGAUUCAUCUUUAGCAGCAGCGCAUGGGCUAAAUGGAGCAGCGUGUUGUCAAAUUUCUGCACGUUGAUCCACUUUAAACGAUUCCAACAUACCCGUGAUGCUGAUUCAUCUCUUCAGGACGCCCGUGUCUGGAUCGUCUCGCUGAGAUGUCGAGCGUUCUGUUCGCCUCGGUGGUGCGCGUGGGCGACGGCCUGCCACUGUCGGCGUCGACCGACUACGAGCACGACCGGGAGCUGCACGACACCAGGAAACACCUGAAAGCUCUCUCCAAGAGGCUGCCGCACUUCCCCGACAGAUGCACCUUCGCCAGCGGGCCCUACAACGUCAAUUUCAUUAGCGCACUGGGGGUGUGUUACAUGAUGGUGUGUCUGUCGAGUUAUCCCAGCGUGUUGGCCUUCUGCUUCCUGGACGAACUGCAGAAGGAGUUCCUCGUCACCUACGACGGCAAACGCGUCGCCGCCGCCGUCCGGCCUUACUCCUUCAUACAGUUCGACGUGGUGAUCCAGCGCACAAAGCAUCGCUACAACAGCCCGCGCUCCCUGUCCACCAAGAUCAACAUGGCCGACAUGCAGACGGAGCUCAAGCUGCGUCCUCCCUGCCGGCUGACCCUCGACGACAUCCAGACUAACGCUAACGGCUUCUCGCCCUCGCGCUCGUCCGCCAAGUACAAGGGCAUCACCCCCACUCAGACUCUGGAGCCCGUGACGCUUCCCGGCGCCGUGUCGUGCGUCCUCAGCGUGCUCUGCGGCGGACUCAACCUGCUGCGCGGCGUCCACGCCAUCGAGAGCGUCCUGCAGGACGAGGACGAGGACUUCAGCUACGUGAUCGCCUUCUUCCUGGGCACGGCCGCCUGCCUCUACCAGUGCUUCCUGUUUGCGUACUUCUCCGUGUGGCGGAACGUCAAGUCGUUCCUGGCCCUGGGCCUGGUGUGCGUGUGCAACAUGUGUGGCAGAUCUUGUUCCACGUGGCCGUCGCCGCCUGCAUGA